AUGCAGACGGCCAACAACAGCAACAACAACAUUCAAUACGCCAAAGCCAACUCAUCCAAACACCCACAGCUGGCGGUCUUCGAAAGCCAGAAAGCGGAUCUCAGUCGGGCAUCGUUUGCGUUCUUGUUCGGCGAGAUGGUGACUUACGCGCAACGGAGGGUUACUGGUAUUCAAGACCUUGAGAAGCGUCUGAAUGAACAAGGCUACCCCCUCGGUCUCCGCCUACUGGAUCUCCUCUUCUACCGCUCCGUCUCAAGCGCAUCCUCCUCCGCCCUCUCAUCAUCAUCCACAUCCUCGUCUCCACCAAACCGUCCACUCCGAAUUCUCCCUCUCCUCCAUCUCAUCCACGGACCACUCUGGCGCCUCCUCUUCCAACGACCCGCUGACGCCCUUGAACACUCCGUCUCCCCCGACACUCCCAACGAAUACAUGAUCACCGACAACGACCCGCUCGUAAACACAUACAUUAGCGUGCCCAAGGAAAUGAGUAUGCUCAACUGUGCUGCUUUUGUCGCGGGGAUAAUUGAAGGUGUAUGCGAUGGAUGUGGAUUUGAGGCUAAAGUUUCGGCGCAUAAUCAGGGCACGGAGAUGUGGCCUGGUAGAACGGUGUUUCUGGUACGGUUUGGUGAGACGGUUAUGGAGCGGGAGAAUGUGCUUGAGCGUGCGGGUGUUAAGUAA